GUAUAAGGAAAUAGCAGGACGCCUGGAAAACUCCAUAAGUGAUGGAUUAGAGGCAGCAUCAGCUGGAAGCAUGUAUCAUCUUCAGGUGUCUGAAGUGUUGUGGUCCUGUUUGUUGAAGUGUUGGGCAGAUAAAGUGUAUCUGCCUCCUUUGACCCAUCGCUUUUGGAAGCUCACGCUCCAGUUGUUUUCGCGGUAUGCCCAGUUCCUCAAUGAGGUGUUGACAAAGACUCCUCCCACUGAGGGGCCAAAGGAGCCGGUGAGGCCUCUGCCCAGCUCGGCCUCCUCCACGUCCAGCCGCACUUCCAUGGAUGACGGCGGCAGUGAGAGCGGAAGCCCGGCUUCUCUGUCCACCAAACAGCUGGUUCACAUCGCCGCUGAUGUGCAGAAGCUGCAGGACCAGAUCCCACAACUAUCGGAGAUGGUCAGGCAACGACUAGAAGCCAUUGGAUUCAAGAACUUUAGUGUUGUUGAAGACGCCCUAGCAGACUCCAAGUCUUGCCUGUCGAGCAGCAUCCCCUCCCUGAACACCAGGAUGACGCAGCAUCUGACCGAACGCUGCUGCCGCUUCCUGAAAAGUGCAUCUGAGGUCCCACGUCUGUACCGCAGGACUAAUAAAGACAUGCCGGUCCGUGCAUCUGCAUACAUGGACAACGCGCUGCGGCCCCUCCAUCAGCUGUUGACCGACUCCACAGGGUUGGUCACCCCCGUUACAGCACAAGCGUGGCUGCGGGUGGUGUUGUCCGACUGCACGCAGAAAUAUUAUGAGACCAUAUCAGAGGUGCUGAGCUCAGUGAGAAAGAUGGAAGAGAGCUUAAAGCGCUUGAAGCAGGCCAGAAAGGGUGCAGCUGCAGCCACAACAGCAGGAGCAAACGGGGGACCCACGGAUGACACCAAGAUUCGACUUCAGCUGGCUCUGGAUGUGGAAUACUUGGGGGAACAGAUCCAGAAAAUGGGUUUUCAGCCAGAGGACAUCUCCAUGUUCUCCACUUUAAUGGAUCUUGUCAAAGAAGCCCGGGAACUUGCAGAACAGAACCAGUAAAAAUGUGAACCCAGUGACUGAAACCUCUCACUCUGCUCUGGUAAAAUAGUUUAAAGAACUGACAGGUGGAGAGUUGAAGAGCCAACACUACUGAAUCUUUAUGCAAACCUCAGAGACUCUGAAGAAACGUUUGAAGAUGAAUUGUGGAAUGUAAUGUGGGUAAAAAGAACGCAUGGGACAAUAUAGUAUACUACUAUGUGGGGAAAAAAACUUCUAUGUACUGAUGUUGAGCUGGAAUAUUGUGCUGUAAAUGGAGAAUGUCAGAGCGUUGUUGUCUCUCACAUCUGAUAUUUGUCUAAAAAUAAAUACUUAUUUGUGACAAAAA